GCCCAUUCCUGCAAUUCCACAUUUAUAACACGUUUUUCAUCGAUCACGUCCCCUUCAUCCUCGCCCUGUCAACGUACGUGUGUACCCACACUGCACCACCUGCUCCUCCCGUCCCCUCUUCGCUCUCCUCCUCCUGCCUUUUCAUGCCUCAUCUCUGCACUCUGAUGGAUCCAAGGAAGCACAUACAUCUCUUCUGAAGCAAACUGCCCAACUGGAGGUGCUCAUGGAUUGCCUGCAGGAGUGGCCGGAGCCGAUCGUCCCCGUGCAGUCCUUAUCGGAGGCGCCGACCCUUCCCGACCGCUACGUAAAGCCGCCGUCCCAGCGGCCCUCGGUCGGCGACGCCGCACGCAGCCUCGACAUUCCGGUCGUCGACCUCGCCAUGCUGCCCGGUGGCGGCGUCGUCGAGGCGGUGUCGGAGGCGUGCAGGCACUGGGGGUUCUUCCAGGUGGUGAACCACGGCGUGAGCAUGGAGCUGGUGAGGAGGUUCCGGGAGGCGUGGAGGGGAUUCUUCCAUCUGCCCAUGGAGGAAAAGAAGAGAUACGCGAACUCGCCGAGGACCUACGAGGGCUACGGCAGCCGGCUCGGGGUCGACGAGGGCGCCAAUCUGGACUGGGGAGACUACUACUUCCUUCACUUCCUGCCUUGCUAUCUCAAAGACCAUGACAAGUGGCCUGCAGUCCCAGCAUGCUUGAGAGAAGCGACGGACGAGUACGGCGUGGAGGUGAGGAAGCUGUGCAGGAGAGUGAUGAGGGCGCUGUCGCUCGGCCUGGGCCUGGACGCCGACCGCUUGCAGAAGGCCUUGGGCGGCGACGACGACGGCGUCUGCAUCAGGGUCAACUUCUACCCCAGGUGCCCGCGGCCGGACCUCGCGCUGGGGCUGUCCCCGCACUCCGACCCCGGCGGCAUGACGGUGCUGCUAGCGGACGACCACGUCCACGGGCUCCAGGUCUGCAAGGACGGUGUGUGGAUCACCGUCCACCCCCUCCCCAACGCCUUCAUCAUCAACGUGGGCGAUCAGAUUCAGGUGCUGAGCAACGCAGAGUACAAGAGCGUCGAGCACCGGGCGAUCGUCCACGCCAAGGAGGAGCGCCUCUCCGUGGCCUUCUUCUACAACCCAAGGAGCGACAUCCCCAUCGGACCGGUGCCGGAGCUCCUCACGGUGACCGGCCGCGCCGCCCUGUACCGGCCCAUGACCUUCGACGACUACCGCCUGUUCAUCCGGCGCAAGGGCCCUCGCGGCAAGUCCCAGGUCGAGUCACUCGAGGCCAUGGCCAUCCCAGGGACUUGACCGGCCCCCGCCCCCCCCGUCGUCGUCCUGCUUCGCGACACUCUUCCGAUCCCAAGAAGAACGAUGAGGACCCGUCGAGGGAGCACAGAGAGCAAAGCUUGGGACAAAUGAUAAGUAAUAUCACAACCGAUUUGGCAUCGACAUCCCGUUCUUCCUUUCUUUCACUCGAGAACAGUAAGCAAACGAUUCGAUGUUGAUGUCUGUAAAAGGUAGUGGGUUUUCUUCCACAUGCACGACUGUUCAUCAGCUUUCACCCGGAAAUGUCAAGCUAAUAAUAAAGCGGUCAGUAUAGUAGGCGUGGAGGAUGCAGCUCCAUUCGGCGCGCACAAGAAAGACGAGGAGGAAAAAGGCCUGAUGCCGACCUGACACGAGGAGGAGCGACGGCCUGCAGUCUUGAUCGUUCCCGUUUGUUUACCUUCGACUAAGGUUUCUGUCCUUUGGUCCUCUGACAUGGCUUCCGUCGUCGGCGACUUGUUCCUGAUGGUCGUGGAUGAGAUAAGCUUGCAAGAACCGAUAAAUUUUUGUUGUGAUUUCUUGGUCCGAUGUGUUAGAAUAUAAUGGCAAUGGGUAAGGAUGUAGAACCUACUCUUGCACAAUAUCUCAAGGAUUUAACUGUAAUCUUAAAUCAA